AUGACGAUCUGUACUUAUAACGCACGUACGUUUGCAUCGGCCAUGGAAGAUCUGAUGAUGCAAGCCAAGAAGAUUAAGUACAACGUCAUCGGAUUGACCGAGACGAGACAACGCCACCCUCUCAACGCCGUAUAUGAAACUGGAGAUGAACUGUUCGUAGGAAUAUGCGACAGUGGAGGUGUUGGUGGAGUUGGCGUCCUCCUCAACACGAGUAUGGCAAAGAACAUCGACUCUUUCGAACAACUUGGAAAUGGACGUCAGUGGAUGAGAAUUUGUGGUCUAACACCAGCUUUGACUAUCUUGGUCGCUUACGCUCCAACAUCAGGCUACGAAGAAGAAGUCGAAGCUUUCUAUAUGGAACUGGAGAAGUUUUACCGAGAAGAUCAUGCUUUCUACAAAGUCAUAGUUGGCGAUUUCAGUGCCAAAAUUGGCCCAAGAAGAACGCCUGAGGAACUUCACAUCGGAACCCACGGCCUACAAUGGAAUGAACAGGGGGAGAGGCUCCCCGAGUUUAUCAUGACGACUAAGACCAUCCAUUAG